CUGCGCUCAUGCCUUGAGGGAGGCGACACAUGGACUGAACCAUGUGUGGGCUGGACGGUGUGUGAGUGUGUAAUUUGCUCCAAAUUUCGUGAAGGGAGCUCUCGACAAUGUUUUCACGAAAUUCGCCGGUGAUUCUACGAAAGUGUAGAUUUAUGAAUGCUGGGAGGACCCGUUGGUUCAGUUCAGCAGCCACGAAAGCAGAAGAAGAUCCAGCUCCUUUAUUCUUCAACGAACAAAUCCAGAAGCUCCUGAGAACCCUCACACGUCCAGAUCCAAAGAGAGUCUUCAGAACCCGCAAGGAUGGCCACAAAAUUAAAGACCCAACGUAUAAAUUCAUGACGAAUGAAGAGCUCCAGGAGUCUCUGAAAAAAGCCCAGCAGAAUCUCGAAGAGAGGCUGCAAAUGCCCCCAGUUGUGAAGGAACGAGAGCCUAUCACAGACAUUUUGUCGAAAGAUCCUGCAAUUCAGGGGAGCGAGGAGUCUAAAUACGUUUUCACUGAUAUUACUUAUGGAGUGAGUGAUGUCAAUCGUUUGAUUGUUGUCAGAGAGCUAGAUGGCACGUUAAGGAAAGCUAAUUGGGAAGAGAGAUUCAGGAUGAAUCAAAUUUACUUCCCAAUGGAGGGGAGGGAAAUUUUCACACCGAAAAUGUUCCAAGAUGAUCAUCUUCAGGAAAUCCUGAAACGCAAAGACUACGAAUUCAUCCUGGACCGUGCCUGCAUUCAGUUCGAGCCAGAUGAUACUGAAUACCAACGGAUCGUCAAACUCGUCUACAACACAGUGGAUUCUGAAAAUGAAUACGAUAAACUGCGAUCUACUAGACACUAUGGGCCUUUUCUAUUCCAUUUAGUUCUGACGAAAAAUAUUGACAAUCUCCUCUACGAGAAUAUCACGAGAGAAUUCAUCGAGGAUGCAGCCCUUCUCGUCAAAUUAUUCCACAGGAUCCAUCAGACGCCUCAAUCUGAAGAAAUUUCAGAAACAGAAAACCACAUGGAUGUCAUCCAAAAAUACGUCGACUCCGAUUCAGCGACGAAAGGAAAAUUAACUUCUGCAAUAAAUGCAUACAAAGAGCUUGUGAAAACAAGGCAAAUUGUUGCAGAGGGUGUGAAGAAAGCCCAUGGGUUAGAUUGAUUCCAUAAUAUUGAUAAUAUUCAGUGAAAUUGUAUUAUUAAAGAAUAAAAUCAUGAUAAAAAAUAGA